AUGACAGACUAUCUCACAGGCGGCUGGCCUAUUGUUCCGUUCGCCAAAGGCCCUAAACGCCCAAAGCAAAUCAUCUCCCUUGGCUUGUACCGCACCGGCUCCCAGUCCCUCAAAGAAGCCCUCGCAUCCUUGGAUAUCGUGACGUCUUUCAUUCAUCGGCACCAUUCCAACACCCGUGAGGAUUGGGAUGCAUACCAAGGCUCAUGUGAGGCUCUAACAGACAUCACACCCUUCGCUGAGAGCCGUUUGAACGCAUAUCCCGAGGCACAUGUCAUCCUAGUCACAUGA